UGCGCAGCGAUCUUCGCCUCCUCCUCGCCGGACAACUUGCAGCGCGCGUCCCGGACGAGCCCAAGGGGAGCUGCUCCCGCCCGGUCACGAGUCGUCGCGGGGUCCCCGCGCUGCGCAGGCGAUUGGAGGUCCUCCCGCAGCUGCUGCUGCCGCUGUUGUCGGCGAGCGCCUAUUAAGGGGCCACACGCGUUGGUGGCGGCGCCGCUGCUGCUGUGGCCCUCCUCCUCCUCCCCCAGCUCACAGCAGCAUCAUCAUCAGCAGCAGCAGCAUCAUCAGCAGCAGUGUUGGUGCCAAGCGGUGGAGUCGAGUGCGGAGCGACCCCCCGACGUGCCCGGCUGGCCACGCAGGGCGCGGAGCAAAGUUGGACGCGCAGGCGGAGCAAGGCGAGGGGGACCUCUGAUGCCGGUGUCCGUGUUGGAUUCUGGUGUCUGACAUUCUCUCUCCGCUGCUGGCUUCGAGCCAUCGUGGUCGCCAGCGAUGGAUCUGCUGCUGCUGCUGCUGCUGCUGGGCUCCGCGUGGCUCUGCGCCGAGGCGGCUCCCGUCUCCGACGAGCCGUGCUCGUGGACGGGCAGCGGACUCUCCCAGAAUCCGCGCUCCGUCUCGCAGAUCUACCUGCGCUGCGCCCAGGGCUCCGUCGACUGGCUCUACCCGCAGGGAGCCCUGCAGAUCCAGCUGCCCGUGCCCCCGACGCCGCCUUCCCCAGCGGCGACGGCGCCGGCGACGCUGCCGGGCAACCCGGGUGCCGGCGAGGCGUCGCUGUGCGUGCGGGCGGCGCGAGGCUCCCGCGGCGCCAGCGUGUUCGCCGAGCAGCCCUGGGGUCUGGAGCUGCUGCUGGCAGAGGCGGAGGCCCCGGGGAGGGUGCGCUGCACGCCGCUGCCCCUGGGCCGGAUCUACGUGCAGGCGGCGCCGCAGACCGACAUCAGCCGCCACGUCGCACGCUUCCGCUUCGAGCUGCGCGCCGCCGGAGACACCAACGGCGUGGACGCCGGGCGCGACGAGUGCCGGCCCUGCACGGACGCCGAGAUCCUGCGGUCGGCUUGCAGCAGCGACUUUGUGAUCGGAGGCCACAUCCUGAGCGUGCACCCGGACCGCGACGCCGACGAGGCCGUCAUCGCCGUGCGGGUGGCGCGCGUUUACCGGCACCGGGGGGACGUUGACCACCGCCUCCGCCGCCUCCUCCUCCCCCCCCCCGCCGGGGAUCUCGGCGUCGGCAACGCGACCGGCGCCCAGGAGCCGCCGCCGCCGCUGCUGCUGGUGCGGACCCCGCUGCGCUGCGGGGCGCGAGCCGGCCGCGGCGAGUUCCUGCUCGCCGGCUCGCUGCACUUUGGCCGGCCGCGGCUCGACUGCGCGCCGCGCCUCCCCGACUUCCGACGAGCGUACGAGCGCGCCGCCGGCGCCGGCCCCUGCGAGAUCGACGUCGGCUAGGACCCGCGCCGCCGCCGCCGCCGUCGUAGCCCCCCUCCUCGCCCUCGUAAUCGUCCGCCCCGCGCGUGGGCUUCGGGUUUGUUGAGCGGCCGACCGGAGCGCCUCGCCCCCUCGUCUACUGCUGGGGAGUCGCCGCCAACGAGACGCUGCCCGCCCCCGAUGGACGCUGCCCGCGCGGAACCGUUGGGCGCUCGCGAGCCGCGGUGCGCGUGCCGCACAUGCCGCACGACGUGGCGAGCACUCGCCGACUCGCCGUACGGAGUUUGCCAUCGACGAAGUUCGCGAUGGGUUUUGCGUCUCCUGUGUGUAUAUAUCCGGGCUACGGCUCCAGCAGUAAACGUGAACGCUUCCCGCAAAGAGACAGCGCUUGUAGCGAUGAAGACAGAAUAACAGGAUUGUGCCAUUAAUGGGAAUGUGGAAUUUUCCGCGAUUGGCCAGGGACCAUCGGUGGACACAAGCGAGCAUCGCCCAACAUCCGAUUUUACUCGGAGCCUCUCGCUUUAUUUUGCAUUGUGUACAGUACGGUCAGCAUUGGGACUGCCAAUGCAACUUCCUUCGUGAACAAAAGCAACUCGCGUCUUCUUGGCAUUCAAUAAAAACGAGACUGCAAGCUGCUGCUACCGCCGCCGCCAAUUACGAUUGAGCCACAUGCGAUGAGCAUCGUGCAAACAACUCGGGCCAUGGAGAGGGCGCGCCCUGCACGACGGUUUGCGGUCAUCGCCAGCUCAGCCCCGAGGUGGAAAGUAGCUCAAAGGAGAGGGGCGAAUUCGUUGGAGGGCGGUGGGGGGGGGAGAGGGAGGCGGGGGGCCACCCACGGGAGUGGCUGUGGGGAGCGAUGGGGUUUUUAUAGCGCGCCGAGGGCUCCUAGAGAACGCGCUGUGCCCGUGCUCGCAGCUGACAUUUUUGAGCGAAUGGAAAAAAUCGGAAUCGAGCGACAGCUUUGCCGAGAAGAGCGCGGUGAUUAUUGUGUUUUGGCUAUUUUUUUUAUUUACAGGAGUGACCCGGGCUACGGCGUCUUAAAGUUUCGCAAAACCUGCUCGGCAACAUAAUGGAGCAAUGCAUAAAAAGAAAAAUGCCGUGAAAGCUUCAACAGCAUUAAUAACUGACAAACGAUAAAGGAGUUUAAUGGGGGAUUUGAAACAUAAAACUCAAUAAUUGGGCCACGAUUUUCAAUGGUCUGUCAAUCAAUGUGCGUUGGUGAAUGUUAAAAAUGUGGUACAACUCUUGAGAAUCGAGGCGGGACUUGUGUCACGAGUGCUGGUGGUGCAGACAAUGACGAUGAUGACAACGAUGAUAGUAAAACGUUGAGUAAUGAACGAGGUCGUAACAGUUCCCACCCCCCUCCUCCCCCCAGCAGUGAAUUUAAUUGCCCAGAUUCAGGGUCGCGGUUUGAUUCGAGAAUCAAUAAUGUGUUUAACAGCGUAAUGAACGUAGCCUUUCGAGUGACAGCAAGGGUCGCACGAGCUGAUCACACGCAAAAAAUAUUGAAUGCAAAAUACCCAACAUUAACAGGCACAGUUAUACGCAUGUAUAAUGACCAUAAGAAUCGAUUUUGAUCCAUGAAUUAAUGCGUCGUUGUGUGCCUAGUCGUGAUGACGAUGAAGAAUAGUGAUGAUGAAGGUGGUAGCGGUGAUGAUGUCGUAUGUAAAGCAGGACGUUACAUUAACAAGUCUUAAGAAUCAAGUAUCCAAAUAUUCAGCACAGGCAGCAGCAUCUAUCUUGGCUUCUACCUCAACAGCAUUGUGCCUCCCAGCCUCCUCCCCCUCACCUCCUCACCACCCCUCGCCUCGCUUACUUCCUGCCCAUGUCAUCUUUCACCAUUGUGUUUGUCUGCUGGACGUCUGUGAAAAAGAGCUUUAUAGUUCAUUGGAUUCUUCCAGUAUAAAUAUUCUCUGAACUCUUCCCAGCUCGAUCGAAGGAAGAAAAACCUCCUUCCCGCCAUCUGCCGCAUAUGUGUCACUGUGCCGGGCAUUCGUGUCAAUGAUGUCGUUUGGGCAUGAGCAAUUACUUAACUUUUUUGCGUAGGUGUCACUUCAGGAGACACGGUGCCACUCCUCUGAGGACGGAUUUCCCAAUUGUCUCCCAAUCCGCCGUGUCCCGAUGAUCACACAUUUCAACUGCAAUCCCUUACGAGCAUGUUAUUUCAUUCAGAACACUGCUUGUGCGCUGGCUGCUGGAUAUGAGUUCGACUUGGCGCUGCGGUGGCGAGAUGUUAACUACCUCGCCUGGUAUACAGUAGGUUGGGGGUUCGAUCCCGACCCUGACGCCUACUCAAUAUUUGGAGUUUGCAUGUUCUCCCCGUGUUUGCGUCCAUUUAUCUCUGGGGUCUUCUGGUUUUUCCCUCCACAUUUAGAAACAUGUGUUCUAUAGUAUUUGCCUGCUAGAAAUGUCCACGUGAUAAGCCACUUCAUUAGGCUAUCAUUUGUGGCCAGGUCGCUUCUGAAGAGCUGUAUAGCUCAGCGGGCCUUACCUGGUAAAAUAAAAAUAGUAAAAUAGUGAGUGAAUCCACGAGGUCUUGUGACACAUUUGUUGGUUCAUUAGGGGCAGUAAUUAAUCCACUUGAGCCGGACCAAAGGACACGAUGACAGGUCCCAUAAAUGUGUGUGGGUAUGAGAAGUGUGCGCAAACAGGUGUACUGCAUGUGCCUACUACAAAAAAAAACACAUCACUGUGAAAUUUCAGAGGUCAUGUCACCACUGACCCAAAGAAUCUGUUUGACUGUGUUUUCAGCAUAAUGGUCGGUACAUUGCUGAUGCAGGGGGCAAGUGCCAAAAGAGAGAUCCAGGGCCCCCAGGGAGUUGGGCCGGGGGGGGGGCUGUCUUUUUGUCCCCAGUGAAUGAGGGAGCCCCACGCGUAUUGAUAGACAUCGCAAUGUCGACGAUGGUGACGCCAAGCGCGAUGAUGUCAAAAGGACGUUUUGUAAUUCAGUAUUACCUGAAAACACUGAUGCCUGUGAGGGGCACUUUCUCACGUGGGAGAAGCUCACCUGGUGUGUAUAUAUGUGUGUGUACAUAUGUCAGUUUGCAAUUAUGCUCGGGAUGUUGCCACGGUGUGAUGGUCAGCACACUGGACUUGCAAUCCAGAGGUCGCCGGUUUGACCUCCCAAGCACGACGGUUGAAACAAUGGAGCCGUUUCUUAAUAUCCUCUUGCCUUUGUCCACCCAGCGAUGUCCAUAUGCACCACAGCUAGUCCAUCGGCAGGUUGCAUGUGCUGUAAAGUGUCGGUACUCCCAAGACGUCUGGCCAGCGUGAAAGAGUAGGCCAAAUACCCCGCCAGUGGAGGCCCUUUGAUGAGCAAUAAAAAUUGAAGGGCUGCAGAUUCA